AUGACGACGGCAGCGACGAAUAGCCGGCGAUCCUCGGUGAGUAGCAUCUCGUCGCAGAUCAAAAUGAUGGACAUCAGCGAUGACCUACGAAAGCGCAAACUGACUAUGGAACAGCUGUCAGUGGACGAUCAGGAGCGCAUUGUCAGCGACAUCAUGUACACCCGGAUCAAGGACAAGCGGAGCCACGUUCCGCAUGGCAUAUCCGAGGAACAGGCCCUGUUGAACUUGGUCAAGGGCCUGAUCGGAACCGGUAUUCUUUCGCUGCCCAAAGCGUUCUCCAACGCUGGCUUAUGGGCUGGCUUCGUCAUGCUAGUCGUGCUCAACUGCUGCAACAUCUUCUGCCUGCGGAUGGUCAUCAAGCGCUCACACCAGUUCUGCAUGCUGGUCGAGUGUGGAGCCAUUGACUACGGAAAAACGGCAGAGUUGACUUUUUCCCUUGGGCCUCCGGCUUUACGAAAGUUUGGAAAGACAGCGAGGAUUCUGGUCAAUUCGUUCAUUAUGAUCUGCCAACUUGGCUUCUGUUCCGUGUACUUGCUGUUCAUCGCCGAAAACAUGCGACAGGUCGUAGACGGGAAUGGCGUUCUUCCGAUUCAAGCAUACGUCGCCUUUACGCUGAUACCGAUCAUUCCGCUGUGUUGCGUGCGCCACCUGAAAUACCUCACCCUUCCCUCGACGGUCGCCAACUUGCUUUACUUGAUCAGCUUCGUCAUUACUUUUCAGUACUUGUUCCUCCAGCUUCCGCCCUCGAGCCGGCUGCCGGCCAUCCGCGCAAUGGAUACUCUGCCGCUGGCAUUUGGCAACAUCAUGUUUUCCUUCGAAGCCGUCUGCCUGGUACUGCCGAUCGAAAAUCGCAUGAAAACACCCCGCUUCUACAUGACUUGGAACGGCGUCGUCAACACUGGCUGCAUUUUGGUGACCUUGCUCAACCUUGCGGUCGGAUUUUACGGCUACCUCAGUUUCGGAUCAGAUAUACAAGACAGCAUAACGCUGAAUCUUCCGUCUACUGUGUAUGUAAAUUUAUAA